CCCAGUCGGCGCGCGGGGAGGGCUGAGCGCUGCCACGCGGGGAGCGCGCUCUCCGGGCCGGCCGCGGCAUGCGCGCGCUGCUCGGCCUGCUCCUGGUGUUCGGCGGCUGCACCUUCGCGCUCUACCUGCUGUCCACGCGGCUGCCCUUGGGGCCGAGGCUGGAGCCGGCGGGGGAGCCCGGAGGCCGGUCACUGUGGUUCCCCUCAGAUCUCGCAGAGCUGCGCGAGCUCUCUGAGGUCCUUCGAGAGUACCGGAAAGAGCACCAGGCCUAUGUGUUCCUGCUCUUCUGCAGUGCCUACCUCUACAAACAGGCCUUUGCCAUCCCUGGCUCCAGCUUCCUGAAUGUUUUGGCCGGUGCCUUGUUCGGGCCAUGGCUGGGACUUCUGCUGUGCUGCGUGCUGACAUCAGUGGGGGCCACAUGCUGCUACGUGCUCUCCAGUAUUUUCGGCAAACAGCUGGUCGUCUCCUACUUUCCCGAUAAGGUGGCCCUGCUGCAGAGGAAGGUGGAGGAGAACCGGAACAGCCUGUUCUUUUUCCUGCUGUUUCUCAGACUCUUCCCCAUGACGCCAAACUGGUUCCUGAACCUCUCGGCCCCGAUUCUGAACAUCCCCACCGUGCAGUUUUUCUUCUCAGUGCUUAUCGGUUUGAUCCCAUACAACUUCAUCUGCGUGCAGACAGGCUCCAUCCUGUCCACCCUCACUUCUCUGGAUGCGCUUUUCUCCUGGGAAACUGUCUUGAAGCUGUUGGCCAUUGCCCUGGUCGCUUUGGUUCCUGGAACCCUCAUCAAAAAAUUUAGCCAGAAGCACAUGGCGCUGAGCAAAACAAACAACACUGGUCGCCUGGAUAGCAGGAAGGACGCAUGACAUAGGUUCCGUGUUUACCACAGCCCCGGACUGUGCUGCUGACCUGUGUGGUGGGCAUGCGCCUUUUAAUGUCCUCAUUGUGUUUUCAUCACCCUCAAAAGGCGAUCCGGACAGCGCUCUAGUGUGUGCAGAGGCCUAGUAGAAGGGCACUCUGCUUGAUGGUCCAGUCCUGUGUAGCAGUGGUCUGUGAAAUGGACGGCUGUCUCGACAAUCUUGUCUUGGUUCUGUCUAAUAACAGAGGACUCUGGCAGGUUUGUCUCUUGCCAGACCCUGAGAUGUCUUGAGAUGCUGAUGGCCUUUUUGGACAGGCUGUGUGACAGCGCGCUCCUGUUAAGUCCCUGUGGAUGUUAGUGUCAGACAGAACUCUGACCUCUGUUAGUCUCUUGAAGUGUCUUUGCUACCUUUUUGCUGAAAAUCUACCUCUCCAUAAGCCAAGGGAAACAUGAUGAACUGCCUAGGACUUACACGGCUAAAGUCCAAUGAUUCCUGCAGUACCCCUGUUCACACAGACACUUCUGUCCAUGUUCAAGCUCCUUGUGGUUGUAUGUCUUGGUAGUUAAGUGGAUCUGAAUGUGAUUAAAUAUGAAUGGAGCCAG